AUGCCAAGCAGACUGGCAUCCUGGGCAACCGGUGCCCAACACUUGGCUCUUGCACUCGACUUUACCCCACUUAAUGGUCACGAGGCGCCAAGAGUAAUUCUUGGCACGGGACUCUUUUCCGAUUUUACCAUAUUUUCAAGGGUCAGGAGCUAUGAUGUCCAUCGAUGUAUCAUUUGCCCCCGCUCAGAUUUCUUCCAAGCAGCAUGCGAGGGAGAGUUCAAGGAAGCUAAAACCGGAGAGGUACACCUCAACGAUGAAGACCCUUCAGUAGUCGAGAAGAUGGUGGAUUAUUUCUACAAACUAGACUACGUUGUUGAUGGCUGCUCAUUUUGCCAACCCUCCACCGAAGUUUCUGUUGAUGAAGCCGAAGAGCAAUCAGUUGAUCAAUAUACGUUUGGGCCGGACCUCGAAGAGGAAGUUCCUAUGGCCAAAGGCGAAGAACAAUCUACGUCUGUUGAUCGAUACACUUCCGGAUCAGAUCAUAGAGAAGGUCAGAAAGAUGCUAGUGGAGAUCCUCCAUCUUUAUUCCAUGCUCGGAUGUAUACCAUUGGUGAAAAAUAUGGGAUAUCGGGGCUGAAAAGCCUGGCAAAAGAGAAGUUCGAAGCUGCCGCUCGGCAUAUAUGGUGCGGUAGCACGUUUUACUCGGUUGUUCGCUUUAUAUACGGAUCCACAGAUGGUGGCUUGAGAGAUGUGAUAUCCAGCCUUGCACAUCGGAACGUUGCAUCUUUAAAAACACAGCCAGACUUCGCGGAGACGCUGGAGGAGUUCCCCUCUUUCACUCUGGAUCUACUAUGGGAGAUGAUGGGAAAGAGUCUUCAGGCGGAGGAAGAGAAAGCGAUAUUAUCUCCAGCUCGUGGCAGUCAUGUUCCUGUCUGCUAG